ACCGCUUGACAUUUACGUCCUCGGUGCCCACUCUGCCUGCCUUAUAUAACUGCUCUCUCUCUCCUCUCUCUCUCUCUCUCUUGGUGUAUCUAGAACACUUCCGACUCCAAAUGCGUUAACAAUGGCAGAUCAUUCCAGGCCAGUCACAGGGUACCCAACCAACAACCCUUACCCCAAUCCUUCCACCGGCACCGCUUUCCCCCACGCCGCCCCGCACCCUCCCCCCUACCGCCCCCCUCCCACCCCGCGCGCCAUAUUCCUCCGCCGCCUAAUCGCCAUCCUCCUCGCCACCUUCGUCAUUGCCGGCAUCAUAACCCUCAUCACAUGGCUCGCCCUCCGCCCCCGCCUCCCCCAGUUCCGAGUCGACUCCCUCUCCCUCUCCAACCUCUCCCUCUCCCCCAACUCCUCCCUCCUCACCGCCAACUGGGACGUCCGCUUCACCGUCCGCAACCCCAACCACAAGAUCACCAUCUACUACGACGCCCUCGCCGCCUCUCUGUACUACAAAGGGGAGUCCAUAUCCGACACCACCGUGCCGCCGUUUGUGCUGGGGACGAGGGACGAGACCGCGCUCAGGGCGACCUUCGCGGCGGUCGAUAGGUACGUGGACGGGUGGGUGGUGGAAGGGAUCAGGUGGGAGAAAACGGUUAGGGGGAGUGUGAGUUUUAACGUGAGGAUGGCGGGGUGGGUUAGGUUUAAGGCCGGCGCGUGGCGGGGGAGGAGGAGGUUUCUGAGGGUGUAUUGCGGUGAGUUGCCGGUUGGGGUUUCCGGGAAGGGCGGGACACUUGUCGGUGGGCCGAGGCGGUGCGUGGUUGGUCUCUGAGUGUAUUUCAAUGUAGUAGUUUUUUAGCCCUCUGUUGUUUACUCUGUUUCUACUUCCCUGUUGUAUGAGUAUUUGCAUAGAGUUUCUGUUAGACUAAUCUAAUAGUCUUAUGACCCAAUUUAUUUGUCCAUUUUCGAUGU